AUGAAGACACCAGCAAGGACGACAAGGAAGCGGCGGCGCCGGAGACACCGCUCGCCGCCAAGCGACGCCGAAAGGCCGACUCCACAGUCGACGCGCCCCGCCCGCCGCCAGCAGGCCGACGCCGACGCCGCGUGGCGUGCCGCAGAGGCACGCCCGCCGCCGAUGCCGCAGAAGAGCAGCGCGCUCGCCCCCAGCUCCCAGGCGCGCAGCCGUGCGCAAGCCGCCAGGGCUCCGCCCCGCGCGCCCCCGCCGCCUCCGCGCAGGCCCCCGCCCCAGCGACGACGCCGUCCGACGACGAGACGCCCAUCGAGGAACCGGAGCCCCCUCAAGAGCCUGUCCGGCAGCUGCCGGGCCGCGCGCUCCUCUACAGCGGGCGCCGAGCCCGACGACCGCUUCGAGUCGCCGGCCUCGAAACCUCUUCGAGGAGAAGAAAGCCGGCUCCAAGCUAGCCCCCAGCGGCGGCUGCUGGGCGCGGGCGGCGCGGCGCCGCAGCGACUCGUCCUCGUGCUCGCUGCCGAGACGGCGACCCCGCGCGCCGGCGACGCCGACGCCGCCAACGGCCCCAGCAGCGCCCCCUCCAAGAUCCCAACGCAGCGUUCCGGCGGCGGCGCCUCCAAGGCCUCGUCCGCGCACAACCGCGACGCGCGCGACGUCUCGCACCAGCCGCCCGGCGCCCACGGCCCCGCGCAGGCCCACCCGCCGGGCCCCGGCCACCACCUGCACCAGCCACACGCACUGGGCAACGGCCCCGGCCACACGGCCUACCACCACGCCGAGGGCAACGAGCUGGAGAACUUGCUGAAGAUCGAGAACGAGUGCGCCACCAUCCAGUCGCAGGUCGGCAGCAAGGGCAGAGGCGGCGGAGGGGGCGCCGCCGGACCAGGCCCCGCCCAGCCGCCCCCGCACGAGCGCCCGCCCGGCGCCGAGUACGCCUCCGCCUCCAGGUACGAACCUGACUUCAACGAGCUGGUGGACGACUCGUCCAACGAGCUGGAGAUCGACAUGUCAGACCCGUCGGGGGACAGGGAAGAGGACGAGUGCGAGCGCAAGCCGUCGGUGGGCGCGAUGGCGCACAAGGGCGAGGGCCCCGGCCCGCACAAGGGCCCCGGCGGCGGUGGCUUCGCUGGCGAGCGCGGCUUCGAGCCCCGCGGCGGCGGCGGCGCCUUCGGCCACAAGCUCUCCUCGGCGGGCGCGCCCUUCUCCGCCGGCUCGGCCUUCCGCGCCAUCAAGACGGAGCGGCCCUCGCCCUCCGCGCUCGACCUGCACAGCGCCGUGCCCCUCGGGCCCUUCCCCGCCGCCGCCACCUUCGUCGGGUAUCCUGGUAGCGUGGGCGUCCCCGAACCGCCCCCGGAAGGCGGAGACACAGUGUCGUUGGACGACAAAAGCACGCUCCUGCAGCUGAAGCCGAAGCCAGUGACGUCCUCUUCGCCCUCGAGCGGGGCGGACGCGCGCGCCAGCGACGACGCCAAGCAGCGCGGGGACGCCUCGGUGUCGUCCUCGAGCAAGGGCGCCGUCGCGUCCUCGGUGGGCUCGCCGGACGCCGUCGCCGGCUCGGGCUCCAAGCAGUACACGAUCCUGCAGCCCGCGGGCGCCGGCUCCCGGGCCGCCACCGCCAUCCAGGACGUCGCGCGCGAGGGCGUGUUGAGCGUGACGGCCGUGCCCGCCAGCACCAGCAGCGCCCCCACGCUCCACGCUCCGCCGCCACCCCCGGCCCCCACGGCGCAGCCCGCCUCCGCGGUCCAGCAGCAGCAGCCACCUUCGACCCCGCAGCCGCAGCCGCCCAGCCAGCAGCCGGCGCAGCAGCAGGCGACGGCGCAGCAGCCUCAGCAGCCGCAGUCUCAGCCCCAACAGCAGCCGCAGGCGCAGCCUCAGCCACCGCCUCCGUCGCAGCAGCAGCAGCAGGCGCCCGCGCAGCAGAGCGAGUGCCCCGUGGGCAGCCCCACUGUCGUCAGCACAACCCCCACCGGCUCCAAGAUGGCGGAGCGCGGCCCCGGCUCGUGCGGCCCCAGCCCCUGCGGGCCCAGCCCCUGCGGCCCCAGCUCCUGCGGCCCCGACCCCACGCGCGGCCCCGGCUCCAUGUCGCCCUCCGGCCUCAACAGGGAGGGUAGCAAGUGCCCUACUCCAGGUUGUAAUGGCCAGGGGCAUGUAACAGGACUCUACUCUCACCAUCGCAGCCUCUCCGGGUGCCCACGGAAGGACAAGGUGACCCCUGAGAUGGGCGGCGCACCCGGCGGCGGCUGCCUGCCCCCGCAGGCGCAGCAGAUGUCCCCGGGCGGCGCCGACCUCAAGGCGGUAGGCUGCUACGCGCCCUCCUCGCCGCAGACGCUCCCGCAGCCCUACUUCGUCAGCGUGGGGCCCCCGCCCACCUCCAAGACGCCCGGCCUGCUGCCCGUCAAGGCGCAGCCCAAGACGCCCGACUCGCUGCAGAUCGACAGCCCCGGCAAGAUGUCGCCGCUGGCGCGGAGCAGCGGGGCCCGGAGCAGCGCGUCGUCGUGCGUGGGCGUGCAGGUGGUGCCCAAGACGGAGGUGACUGCGAGCAGCUGCUGCAGCGCGCCGGGCGGCGGCGCGGGCGGAGGCGGGGGCGGCGGCGGCUCG